AUGAUUUUUAAACCACCUGGUUAUUGGUUCAAACAACGUGGUUACUCAGAUCCAGACUUAGAUCGACGAACAGCAACAACGACCGGUCAAAUGCUCUAUCAAAUUAUUAAUCCUAAACCAAUACCAGUUGUUUUACCAGACAAUCUACCUCCAACACCACCACCGCCUUCUGCAAUGGGUGCCAUACGAAGACGAGAAGCAUAUAAUAAUCAAUUAUCAGAACAUGAUAAUCGAAAUAUCAUACAAAACUAUGGAGAAUAUUUUGGACGAGGUUUUGGUAAACGGUUAAUGCCUCAAUUUUCAAGGCAAAGUAACGAUUGGAUUCUUUGUCACAAUCCACUUCCUGUGCAUCCAGAUCGAAGUACAACACGCCGCGAUUAUCGUGGCUUGCCUGCAUUCGAUAAUCGACAAUUCUCCUCAUCAGUAAUGUUGUCAACUCGAAAGUCAAGUGGCGGGUGGAUGACAUCUUCUUAUGAUGAUUGGGCCCCGAAUAAUGUUAAUGUAACAAGCCGAUUCAUAUAUCAUGAUGAUUCAAAACGAACGCCUGCUCAUCCAUGGCACUAUUGA